GUUUCGUCGUUAUUGCGAUAACAUGGGAGCACAUCGUUUUUACAGUUAGGCCAUAUGAAAUUCACACAGACAUUGUUGUUGCUCCAAGGAAACGGAAAUUGCACGCCAAAAAAGCCAGUCGAAGCGAAACUCUUGACAAAGUUGAACGCGUUUUAUGUUUGUGGCCGUCGGAGUGCGUUUUGUCGUCGGUUGCGGUACAUUUUUGCGUUUUUUAGUUCUUUUCGGGUGGAAAGAAUCUCGUUCGUUCGUUCGCCUUGCCGCGUUAGCUACCGGUCGUGUGUGUGUGGCGCACCGUAUUAGCUCAAACAGGCGUGCGUGUGCUUGUCGGCCACGCGCACAAAGUGGCGUCUAGACGUUACCCACGCUAAUGGAAAUUUUCGGCUGCUCUUAGGAUAUAAUACAAGAAAUUUGCAUAAAAAUUGUGGUGCUUUGUGUGUUUGUUAUGUGGUGGUUCUAAGCACAAGUGUGUUCUACCUUUAAUUGUUGACCGCAUCGACUAAGUGAAAUAUAUUUCCGAAGGUCCAACAUAAUAGUGCGCUGAAGCUUGUUGUAAAUACUGUAUGUAAAUCUAAAAUUUAGUAUAUACAUACACAUAUAUAUAUAUAUAUAUAUAUGUAUAUAUAUAUUGACAAAUGUAACUCUAUUGUUUGCUCAAAGUAAUCAAUAAUUUUGAUAAACUUCUUUGAUAAAUUUGCAAAACUUUGGACGGCGGCUUCAUUGGAAGCAAGCAGUGCCAGCCAGCGGUGAAAGUGACUCAUAUCGAGCUUACAACGAGUGUAGUUUAAUUUGUACUGUAGAACAAAUACAGAGCAAAGCUAUCGAUACAAAAAAAAAAGUAUGCAAAUCAGUGAAAUUUCAACUGAAAGCCGACAAACAAUAAAACCAACGCAGAAAAUGGAGAUACAAUUAAUUAUGCGCCAAAAAUGCUAAAAACGCGAACUUAUAUUUCAAAUAUUUACAGUAGAGCGGAAUAAAAAACAACAGCAAGUAAAGUUGAUAAGAAAAAGCUGUGAUAAGCAAAUUUCAGAAAAGCUAAGAAAAUUUGGAAUUAUGAAAAUUAGUGUGGCGCAACAAAAAACACGAAAGAAUUGAGAAACAACGCUAAAAUAACGGAGCAGACAAACUUUGCGAAAUAAAACGGACAAAUUCACUAAACGCACACAACAAUAAUUAGUGGUUAGUGAGAGAAAUAAAAAUUAGCAUAACGUGCUGUUGCAGGCGAAAGUGUAGAAAAAACAACAACAACGACACACAUAAUAAUAAUUUGAUAAAAUAAGCGGCAGUAAAUUACACAUAAACCGCUUAUGAAAAUAACGCCGCCACAGUUGUGGCCAGGAGACUAGAUAGUGAAAGAAAUAGAACAAACGAGACAGUCUCGCAAGCAACUUGCAGCAGCCAAAAUUAAAAACACAAAAAUAAAAUCGGAAAAAAAAGCUUAAACACCACAAAAAGUAGCGCAAAGUGAAAAAAUGCGUGCGAAACUUUGCCCAAUGGAGAUGCGCUUACGCAGCGGUAAAAUAAAAAUUUGUACUAGAAAAUCAAUUACAUAAACAACAACAACAAAAGAAACAUAACAAAAAAAAAAAGGACGCAAAUAUGCUACCAACACCGAAAUAAGCAAAUAAUAGAGAAUCCACAAUAUUAAAAACAUACAAAAAAAAAAAAACAACAACAACACAGGCCAAAGUGUGAAUACAAAGUUGGCUAAGCUACUUGGCUGACGUGACAGCUAAUGGCAAUGGCCGCGCAACGCGCACAUAAAUGGCUAAAAUUCUGUACGCGAACUGAGCAGUCACUUAAGCGCGCCUCGGCAGCCGACGAGACGAAAAAACGCGAGUCUAUCGAUUUUUGUGUGAGUCAAUGCAACUUAAAAAUUUAUUGCAUCAUUAGCAAUUUGUAAAUUAGUGCAUCACGUGUAAUAGCGCAGUAAUGGCAUAACGGCAAUUCGUGACGCUUUAGAUUAAAAUAAGCUACUUGUGUUAAGCGUUUUGCAUAACACCCGCCCACCUUAAUUUACCAAUACACAAUCUAAUUAAAUUAAUUCGACAUUUGUGCAAAGUUCACACUGAAAAUCGACAAACGAAUUGCUAUUGCAUACUUUACUAGUUGCCAGUUAAAACGUUAUGCCGCUAGCGUGCCGUUAUUUUAACGGUUACUGCAACCGUUCAACCGAAAACUACGUGUCGGGCCGGAACAACAACAACUGUAACAGCAACAACUGUGGCAGCAAUAACAGAAAUAUACGCAACAUUGACAUUGGCCUCGGACAGCGAGGACAACAGCAAAAUUAAAAAAAAAAUAAAAAAAAAACAAUAACAACAACAAAACUAACAAAAACAACAACAAUAAUAACCAAACACAACAACACGAAAGAUAACAAUAACAACAACUAAACAAUCAACAUUUCAAAUUCGUUUAUGCCACAUUCAAUACACAAUAACAACUGGGUGGCAACAUUUUGCCAGACAACUAACUACAAAGUGUGCACGAAUAAAAACGCCAAAUAGAAGAGGUGAAGCAAAAACAAAAACUAAAGUUCAGCGCACAGUGUAUGCGGAAAGUCAAAGGAAAACGGCAAAUAUCAUAAAAUGGCUACAAUAAAAAUUCGACAAUUGAAUUCAUUUAAAUUGCAACAGCAGCAGCGGCAGGAGUUGCCGAAAGCCAGCUGCCGCAGCGCAUUCGCCUUGCUGUUUAGCCGUUGUUCGUAUUGCGCAACAAAUUAUUUGAAAAGUUAUUGCCGCAUUAAGCGUCAUGGUGUUAAUAAAAAUAAAACUUUAUGUUGGCUGACAUUGACUUUGAUUUUAUUGAGCUGCAGCAGUUGGCAUGGACGGCGCGGCGAACGUGGUGGCGGCGGCGGCAGUGCUUUCUGUUAUGCGCUCGAUAUCGGCACCUGCAAACAGCCGCUCGGCAUGGAAUCCGGUACCAUCGCUGAUACGCAAAUUACCGCUAGCUCAGCGCACGACAUGGGUAAUGUAGGCCCGCAACAUGCCAGACUGAAGGUGGAUAAUAAUGGCGGCGCUUGGUGUCCGAAGCAUAUGGUUUCGCGUGGUCUCAAGGAGUAUUUACAAAUAGACUUGCUGCAAGUACAUGUCAUCACGGCGAUACGUACGCAGGGUCGCUUCGGCAAAGGGCAAGGUCAGGAGUAUACCGAGGCGUAUGUGCUCGAGUAUUGGCGUCCCGGUUUUGAGAAGUGGCUGCGCUGGAAGACCAUACAAGGCAAAGAGAUACUAACAGGCAAUAUAAAUACUUACAGCGAAGUGGAAAAUAUCUUACAACCGAUCAUUUUCGCCUCGAAGGUGCGCAUCUAUCCAUACAGUCAAUACGAUCGUACUGUCUGCUUGCGCGCUGAAGUCGUCGGUUGCCUUUGGGAAGAUGGCAUCGUUUCGUAUAGCAUACCCAAAGGCAUGCAGCGUGGUAUGGAAAUCGAUCUAUCAGAUAAGACCUACGAUGGGCAUGAAGAAAGCGAUCGAUAUAUAAAUGGUUUGGGACAAUUAGUCGAUGGUCAAAAGGGCAAGGAUAAUUUUCGCACCGAUAUUCAUGGCUUUGGAAAAGGCUUUGAAUGGAUUGGCUGGCGUAAUGAUACACCAAAUCUAUUAGGUCAUCCAGUCGAGAUUACGUUUGAGUUCGAAAGCGUACGAAAUUUUAGUGCAGUUAUAUUGCAUACAAAUAAUAUGUUCUCCAAAGAUGUGCAGGUUUUUGUUCACGCAAAAGUCUUCUUCAGCAUUGGCGGUCGACAAUAUGCUGGUGAACCUGUACAAUUCUCCUACAUGCCUGAUACUAUUCUGGAUCAUGCACGUGAUGUGACAAUCAAACUUCAUCAUCGCCUUGGCAAAUAUUUACAGUUGCAUUUAUACUUCGCGGCACGUUGGAUAAUGCUAAGUGAAAUCACAUUCAUAUCGAUGAAAUCUACUGUAAUACGUUCAUGA